CCGCCGCACUAAGGCGGUGACGAGCUCUGAGGAGAAACGAGGCGGCGAGCCGAGCCCCGUGGCUGUGUGUGAGCGCGACUGAGGCGGCAGCGGCGGCUCCUCUCGGCGGGUUCCUUGGGGCUGUGCUCCUCCUCCCCUCUCCCGGGCAGAGGCGGGCUGCCGGGGCUCCCCCCGCGGGCGGCAUGAGCGCGGCGCCCUGAGGGACCGGCGGAGCGGGGCUCGCCCCGAGCAGCCUCCCUCGGGGGCCGCGGCCGGCGGAUCGGGCUCGGCUGGGACUUGCCAUGCCUGCCCUGGCUCCUCCCAUGGCAUGAGCCCGUGCUCUCCUCCCCUCUCCGCCUGCUUUUGGUCUUUCUCCGAUUCUGGGCUGUCAGAUGGGAUAACGCGCACCCGGGCGUGCGGCGCUCGGCGAGGGAGCGGUGGAGGUAACUGGUGACGGCCGUCGGCUCGCCAGGAGUUGAAGAUGAGCUGGCGGUGGCCUCGCCAGCACGGGAACGGCGGCUCCUCCGUCCUGUUGCUGCUACUGCUGUGGCACUGCCGGGUCCUGCCCGCCGGCGCCGAUAACGCCAGCCAGGCGUACUACACCGCCCUCAUCAACGUGACGGUGCUGAGCCCCGAGCGCGGUGGCCCCACGCUGCUGAGGAUCGACCGCGGCCGCUACGGACAGGAUUCCCCCAAGGUGGAGGUCAAGGGUCUGCUCGUGGCUCCCGUCCCCAUCAACGGAGUUGCAGAUCGCCUGGGCUGUGACCCUCGAACACGUUUCCAAGUUCCACCAAACACCAAGCAGUGGAUUGCUUUACUACAGCGAGGAAACUGUACAUUUAGAGAGAAAAUACUGCGAGCAGCUUCACAUAAUGCCUCAGCUGUGGUCAUUUACAACAAUAUAUCCAGUGAAGAACCUGUUACAAUGACCCAUCAAGGGACUGGAGACAUUGUUGCUGUCAUGAUUACAGAAUCAAAGGUUAAGGAGAUCUUGAAUUACUUGGAAAAGAAUAUCUCUGUCCUGAUGGCAAUAGCAGUCGGGUCCCGUGUUCCUCCUAAAAACUUCAGUCGGGGCUCUCUAGUCUUUGUGUCAAUAUCGUUCAUUGUUUUGAUGAUAAUUUCUUCAGCAUGGUUAAUAUUUUAUUUCAUCCAGAAGAUCAGGUAUACAAGUGCACGUGACAGGAAUCAGCGUCGUCUUGGAGAUGCUGCCAAGAAAGCCAUCGGUAAAUUGACAACCAGGACAGUAAAGAAAGGUGAUAAGGAAACAGACCCAGACUUUGAUCAUUGUGCUGUCUGCAUUGAGAGUUACAAGCAGAACGAUGUUGUUCGCAUUUUACCAUGCAAGCAUGUUUUCCACAAAGCCUGUGUGGAUCCAUGGCUUAGCGAGCACUGUACAUGUCCAAUGUGUAAACUGAACAUUUUGAAGGCACUGGGAAUUGUGCCAAACGUGCCAUGUACAGAUAACGUAGCCUUUGACAUGGAAAGGCUCACCAGAGGCCAGCCAGCGAGCAGGCGAUCAGCACUCAGUGAUUUUGCCAAUGACAGCUCUCUCAGCCUGGAGCCCCUGCGCACCUCUGGGAUGUCACAGCUUCCACAGGAUGGGGAGCUAACGCCAAGGUCAGGAGAGAUCAACAUUGCUGUGACAAAAGAAUGGUUUAUUAUUGCCAGUUUUGGCCUCCUCAGUGCCCUUACACUCUGCUACAUGAUCAUCAAAGCCACAGCUAGCUUGAAUGCUAAUGAAGCAGAAUGGUAUUGAAGAAACGCUUUCCGGCCGAUUGCCUUGGAGAGAGACACCUAUUUUUAUGCCUCAUUUAUCGAUCAUGCAGCACAAGCAAUUAUUUAGUACAUUCUAUUUUUUCAUAAAAUUUGCUGAUGCCAAAGCUUUGUAUUAAGGAAAAAGUGAAGAAAUAAAAAAACCCCUUUAAUUAUGAAA